UUUUUCCCCCUUCUCAAAGCUGAAACUUUUCAACUUCGCUGGGCCGUUGGUGCAACCACCACGGGAGAUAAGAUAUCAACGAGGGAAGAGAGAUAGUGCCCAAUUAGGAGUCAUCCAGGAGGGUUGCCAUACAUACCGAGUACAUACAUUAGCUGCGUCUCCCCGUGUAAUCUUUUCGAUACGCUUUCCAUAGAUAGAAAGUGGAACAGGCCGUACACCACACUAGGCGAAAUAGGCCGUGUCCGUCUUGUAUAUCGAGAGGUGGGAGGAUUGAGCAAUUGGUGGUUUUCUUUAUAUACACACACAUCGAUGUCGUCGAACGAGGAAGACGCAAAGACCCUCGAGGUGCUGUACAAGCGUAGAGGGUACUUUGAUGCAAAGAGAGAUGAGCUACUGCAACAGUUCAAACAGACAGACACACAUGCCCAGCUGCUGGAGAUGAUCAAAUCCAUAGUGGACGAGAUUGUGCAGACCAAGCCGGAGCUGCUGUUGAAGAAUAAGGGCCAAUUGGCUGCAUUGAUAGAGGGAAUUAUCCUCCGUCAGAACUCUGCUGCACACGAGUCCUCCCUGACCAAUUUUGGCAUCGACGUUUCCAAAUUGUCCAACCACGACAACUAUGACGUCUACCAGCUGUUCGAGAAACAGGUCAAGAGCUCCACGGAGGGCUCCGAGGAGCUCAGAAACAGCCUCAUCCAGACCCUACACACACUACGCAGAGAGAAACUACCCGACUUGACGUGACCCGGUGACGCUCUCAGUCUUGUCACUCAGCAACGACGCCAGCAGAUUCCAAAUUCGUCUACACAACAAUAAAAUAGCCAAAUACUCACGCAAAUGACAACAUGCACCAUAUGCAACCCAUCUCACUACGCGUAGAUAGAAACAAUCCGCCACUGAUAGCUGCAAAUUACGUCCCGGAACUUGCCAUUGGAGACGUUGACGCAACUCUGUGCCGGUGGUUGAGGAAACCACAGAAACGUCCAAACGCGGAAAGUUUCCGUUUUCGGCCACAAAGCCAGUCACCUCGGAGAUGCCCAGGCCUGCUGAGGCAGCCCUUCUAUCCACUUCUCUGAUAGUGAGCCAUUGGAGUA